GUGUAAACAGAUUCAUUAUGCAGUAACAGUGUAGGUUAGUAAUCUGCAGUCGGCGCGCGAUUCUGCCGGGAGAACUCGCACUGACGAUUUUCUUUUUUUAAUCACUUCGCGUUCGGCCAGUGUUUUGUGUUAAUGAGUGAUAGAAUAAAACGUAUUUUAGGGAACCUGAAGAAAUGAACUUGAAGCUGAAUAAUGAAAUUCAAGUAUCGCAGCAAAUCCCGCAAAUCAAAAAGUUGGAAAGUUCCGUAAAGGAAGAACGCCGCCGCACCGGUCGCUACAUCGCCAUCCUCGUGGGAAUCUCUCUCUUCCUCCUGGCUCUGUACCACGCAUGGGUGCGCAGGAUCCCCAUAGUGGCCAGCCUGGUGGUGCCCGCGCUGAUCAUGUUCGUGUAUGUGGCCUGGGUGCUGUAUACCGCUGCGAGGGAUAAACACAAACAUAUGCUCUUGGAUGCAGAGGCAGCACUACGAGCAGAAGCGAUGGAAGCGUCAGAAAACGAAGCUCAAACGCCUGAACCAAAUCAAAACCCAAUCGAAAUAGCUGUCAUAACUGAUAAGGAACCCAAUAUUGAUCCGCUUGAAGAAACACAUCAAAAACACUGGGCGGAAGUUAAUCCAGCAAUUAUAGAAGAUAAAGUUAAAAUAGAACCUGAAAAUCGGCUAACUAUGCCGAUAAUUUUAAUUAACGAUAAGCUACCAGAAGAUCUGGACCAGACAUGGCUGCAGAUUGUGGAGACAGUCACGAACAGUGAAAGAUUCAAAGCAUUUCCUACAAGGAGACGGUAUAAAAGAAAAUUUUGCAGAAGAAAACACGCAGUGUUCAAAAGAUCUUAUUCUAUUGCGUGACCAACAUUUUAGUACUUGUAAUUUAUUUUGAUAUUGCGACCAAAUGACGAUUACUUAGUGCGAUAGUAUAGUAGUGAUGUGGUACGACCGUACGAAUAAGGAGAACCGAUUUUUUUCGGAAUCAUCUGUAAAGAAGGAUCUGUCUGUAACAUUAAUAUUGUCUGCCCUGCUAUCUGCAAAGAUUGUAAUUUAUUAUCAAUAGUACUACGCAACAUAAACGCAACGCAUAGACAGUGUGACCAAAGCUUUA